AUGGGAAGGCUACCGAUGAAGGAAGGCGGCGGGCGCAAGGAGCGCAAGAAUGUGCGAUCGUCCACUACGUUCGAGACGCGUCUGGCAGCGAUAAAGUUCUACGAGGAGAGCAAAGAUAUGUCGUCCACAGUGGAGCGCUUCUUCCCGACCUUGUCGGUAGAGGCUAAGCGCAGCAAGAAGCGUGUCGUCUACGCCUGGAUCAAAGACCGCGAAAAAAUUGAGAAAGCCUGUGAGUCUGUGAGCACCGCCAAGUCGCAUCGCCUGCGCAAAGCAGGGGCGGGGCUUUCGCUUAGUGAUGACGCUGAGAAGUGCAUUUUGGUGUGGCUUCGCUCGAUGCAGAAGCUCGGCGUUCCCGUGACGGGAACGAUGCUGUCUGAACACGCGUUAGAAGUGGCCAAGGAGCUGGGCAUCGACAGCGCUCUCUUUACAGCGUCGGUGACGUGGAGGAAGAGCUUUCUCCAGAGACACAAGCUGGCCAUGUAGAAAGUGACGGUGGCGUCGCCGUUUGAGUGGAACAACAUU